CCCGCUCAAGCCAGUGGAGAAAAAAAAGUGACAAGUGACUUUAUGCAGAAGCGCCGCGGCAGCCGCAACUUGAUCUUUCCGUAAAAUUAUAAACAACAAUAAACAAUAAAAACAGAAAAAAAAAACUAUAUAAAGUGCUCAAAUAUUUGCCAACUUGCCAACUUGUGCCGUUGUCUCUGCGAUCAUCUCCGUCUCGAGUUACGAAAGCCCCCCGAAGGCGACGUCUCUGAUAAGAAGCAGAAAAAAAAUCAUCUAGCAGUCGCAGUCGCAGCAGCAGUAUCUUUUGCCAUGGAAGUGGAAUGCGAUUUGGGUGAAAUUCAGAAUGAGGAAUUGUUGAGGAAAAUGUGGCAGCAGUCGGAGGACAGCGAACGCAAGAAGCAAAUCCGAUCGCAUCUCUAUAAGCUGCGCGAGUCGCGACUUUGCAAUCUCUAUAGGCACGAACCGGAUCAUACCAACGCGAUCAUGUCGGAAACGCCCAAUGGCAAUGGUACCCUGGCCGGCUAUGGUGCCAAGGGUCCUCUGGCCUCCAGUCAUGGCGAUGCUCUGCUCGAUCAGAACUUCCAGAGUCUCAAGUCGAAGGAGGUUCGGGAUUCCACCAGUCCCACGCAUGAGCUAAGGUUCCAUUCGAUGACUCUGACGCAACCGAAUACCACGGGCUGGGAUGUCCAGACCUCGUCGGAGGUUAGUCCCGAUGGCAGGGCCUAUCGUACCGAAACUCUGGCCAAGACAGAUGGUGUGGAGAAACUCAAUGGCGGUGGCCUUGCCGAGUUCAAGGGCAGAAACGAACAGAAAUCAAGUGCCUCGCAUCAGGGCGAUGACAAGAACUUUGUGAAGCAGGCCUCGGAGAGCUCCAAGACCCAACUGCAGGAGAAAGUCGUCUUUGGGGAUGAGAACAGCGGUCGCACCGAGAUGAAGAUGAGCUCAACAUCCACCUCAUCCUCCUCCAAGGUGGUAUCCUCCUCCUCAACUGUGGAAUAUGGGGAUGAACCGCGCUAUCUCCUCGAUAGCCAGGAGAAGCCCCAGCAGCAGCAGCAGCAGCAGUUGCAUCAGCGUGAGUGGGAGGAUCAGAGGCGUCAGCAGGAGCAGCGUUAUCAGGAGCAGCUACAGCGACAGGAGCAACAGAUACGCCAAGAGCAAAUCCAGCGUCAAGAGCAACUCCAGCGUCAAGAGCAACUCCAGCGCCAAGAGCAAAUCCAACGCCAAGAGCAACUGCAGCGCCAAGAGGAGCGCUUCUCGGAGAGCCGCGAACAGAGCAACACCACCCGAAAUGUCCAGACCCAGCAGCACUACGAGGAGAACAAGCGCUAUGUGGAUAUGGAUAAGGCUUCACCGGAAUACCAGCAGCAUGUCCAGCAUUUGAUGUCGCAGCCCGGUGAAAUUAUUUCCAAUACGGUGGAAUACCCAAAGCCGAAUGUCAAGAUGAUUACCACUGUGAAGCGGCUGCCCGAUGGCACCAUUGUCAAGAACAAGCGUUACGAGACGGAGCAGCUGAGCAGCACGCCCAGCCACAGUCAGACCACUCACAACCAGACCCAUAACCAGACCACCCAUAACCAAAAUCAAGUCCACAAUCAGCGACGUGUCCAGCAGGAUGUCCAGGACCACAGUAGCCAACGCGAUGUGGUGGACAAUGUGGAGCAGCAGCAGUUGCAGCAACAUCAGCAGCAGCAGCAGAAUGUGACCGAGUCGCAGCAGAGCUCCUUCUCCUCGGUAAAGAAGUCCAGUCGUCGUUUCUCCACGGAGACCACUUCAGAGACCGUCGAAGAGUACGAUGAUCGUGAUCAGGCUUUGCCCCGUGUGCAACAGCAUCAUCAGAAGACUCCGUCUCAGACCCCUUCGCAUCAUGUACCAUCACCCUCAAGCCGUCAGUCACCGGGCCGGGACUUUAGCACCCAUGGCUUUCCAUCGGUGCGUCCGAAUAAGCCCACCCAGGAGUAUCCCUCCCAGAGACCCACCACCGAGGAAGUGGUGACGGUGCGAUCCGAGAAGAGUCGCCAGGUGAAACAGCAUCAGACCACUAGCACCGAAACCGAGGUCCUGGGCGAUGACUAUCAUCCACAGUCCAAGUCAACUCCCCAAAAGCUAAGGGAGGCACCCACGCCCAACUUUAGUACCCAUGGCUUUCCGUCUGUACGCUCACCUUCGCGACCGGAUCAGCCCGAUGGCGAGGUGCCAUUGACCACCAGGACAGUCUCUCGCAAUCAGAGUGCCAAUCGCAAGAUCAACACGGAGCGUAUCAUUGAGACACAGGUGGAGCAACCGGGUUCACCACGUACCGUAAGUCCACGUCGAUCUCAGCCACGCGAGGAGACGGCACCGGCUCCGACUCCAACCCGCGGACCAGCUGGAAAGCCCAGUCAGACCCGGCCUAGCACCAACUCCGGAGCUAGUCCCACCACCAAGACGACCGAGACGGUGACGGUGACCCGCAGGCAGCUGCAAAAGGAACGUGAAGUGGAUGCCGCCCAUCGGGCCUUUGCCGCCUCGCUGCGUAGCAGUUCGCCAGCGGAGAGUACCACAUCGGUAGGAUCCCAUCAUCAGACACCUCGUUCGAGCAUCUCCUCGAAUCGCACCUAUCGACGGGAGAUGCGUGAGGGUUCCCACGAGAGUCAGGCACCAUCGGAAACUAGCCGAAUUAGCUCCAGCACGGUGACCAGGCAUACGACCGGAGGAACCACCACAAGUACCACCACAAAGACCACCAAGAAGCCAAGUCCAGUGGUUAGUCGAGGUCCCAGCGAGCCUAGGUCGCCAACACCCAACAAGACGGGAAGAGCUCCCAGCGAGCCCAGAUCGCCCACACCGAAGGCAGGAGGAGGUAGUGUGACCACCACCACAACAACUACGACCACAAGCAGCACCAUUAAGGGAGGUUCAGUGCCAGCACAAGCUCCAGUUUCCCCAGCACCAGCACCAGCACCAGUACCGGCACCAGCCAGUCCUGCUCCAGCCAGCAAGAAGCCGCAUCCGCAACUGAGAAGGCAGUCCCAGGAGGAACCGGAACCUCAGCUAAAGCGUAGCUCCAAGUCACCAGGCGUACAGAGGGAGACAACCUUCGAGGGUCGUCGUCGCGUCUCCCAGCCGGUAGAUGGGGAACAGGAUCAGUUGGCCAUCGAGGAGUUGAUCAUUAUCGAGCAGGUUAAUGGGGCUCAGCCAUCGGUCAGUCCCGAGAAGGGUCCUAGGGCCAUGCCCAGGCAGAGUCCGGAGAAGGAGCAACCACGUGUGCAACCUCAAGUCUCGCCACGUCAAAGUCCUGAAAAGCAAUUACCCAAAACUCAGACACCCGGUGUCCCCUUGCGUCAGAGCCCCGAGAAACAAGUGCCACGAGCCCAAAGUCCCGAAAAGGGACCUCAGCCACGUGUCUCACCCCGGCAAAGUCCUGAAAAGCAGCUGACCAAGGAGACGCCAAUGAAACCCCGCCAGAGUCCUGAAAAGGAGCACCGAACAGAGGAUGAAAUCUUCCGUAGCACCAUUACCAAAACCGAAAAACGAACCACACACAAUCUUAACGAAGAAUUCAUAACGAACGAACGAGAUCAUCAGACAACUAACGAUAAGAAACCCCAAGCUCCUAAAGAACCAAAACAAGAAGAACCCACAUCGAAGCCGCUGGAGACCACAGAGAGUCCAGAUGGUGGUUUCAUUUCCAAGGGAAACGAUGUCGAGUCCGAACCUGAGGAGAACAAGUCACCCACGUACCGCAAGAAGGGUUUAACACGUCGCGAGACCUUCGAGGAUCGCUGUCGGAAAAUCUUGGGUAUGGAAGAAGACGGAGACACUCAGGGAAACUUUACUCAGCGGCCAGAGAAUGAUGAUGAUGAUAAUGAUGAUGACAAGAAAAAUAUUACCCAGACCACCACCAUCGAGACUAUAGAGGUAAAGAUCGAAGAUUGUCCCGAUGAUGAUGAUGAUGAUGAACCACGUCGUGUCACAGAGACAUUUGUGGUGCGUACCCAGCCCAAGAUUAAGGUGGAUGAAGAGCUUCUUGUGGAUGUGACCGAGUCCGAGGAAGUGGAAGUUCUGACCAAGGAGCAGCAGAGUCCCAAAAGUCCCAAAAAGGAGCCAAGUCCUAUGCAUUCCAAAAAAGAAGAGCCCAAUAAGUAUCCUAAAGAGCCAGAGGGUCCCAAGUAUCCCAAGGAACCUGAAACUCAAAGAUCUCCCAAGAAACAGGAAACCCCUAAAUAUUCCAAGGAUCAAAAGACACCCAUCAGCCCAAAGGAUCAAGAAAGUCCAAAGUAUCCCAAGGAGCCAGAGCAGAAGAGUUCCAAAAAUCCCAAGGAGGACGCUGAGACAAUUAAUGUCAAUGAGGAGACCACUAUUGUCAUAACCAAGCAAUCCGGAUCCAAGUCUCCCAGUCCCACCUGGUCACCAACUCUAGAACGUCGUGUUCCUAAAAAGUCAACGUCUCCAACACCUGCGGUGGAAUCACCCUCCUUUGGCAGAAAAUCUCCAACCAAGCCAGAGCCAAGUUUCGUCACCGAAAAGAUCAUCGAUUGUCAGGGUAAAACCGUUGUCGAGAAGAUAACUCAGAGGACGCGUUCGCCAAGCCCUAGCUCAGCCAAAAAGACUCCCAGGCCCACACAAAAAGUGCCAGAAAAGCAGCCUGAAACUGAAUCCGAACCAGAGAAGGACUCCGAAACCGAGAUAAAGAAGAAAACCAGUGUGAGCAGCAUUACGAAAACCGAAACUGAACGUCGAAACUCGCGUACCACAAAGGGAAAGCAGCCUGUGGCACCCAAGGAACCGCAAUCGAAAGUACCAGCUCCGAAGAGUCCUCGAAAGGAUUCCCUAACUGGUCGCAAGCGGGACAGUGUGGUGGAGGAGACUCGCACAACCACAAGCACCACAACGACUACAACAAAUCGACAGGGUCGUAAGCCCAGCGAUACCAACGGUUCUACCCCAUCAUCCAUCAAGGAUCGUCUUCGUUCUUCGCCGCGCAAGCAAAAGACUUCACCCCAACCGGCUCGAACUCCAACUCCGGCACAGACACGUGGUCCCGAGGAUAAUGUAGAUGGGGAUUCCACUUCGCCAGAUGCUAGUCCCACGCGGGUAAGCAACGAACGUCGACGUUCGAGCAAUAUUUCCGUGCACACGGAAAUCAUUAUCGAUCACACGGCUCCCAAAUCACCCAGAACCGAAAGGCGACCGCAAAAUCCAACAGUCACAGCUGCUCCCAGUCCCAUUAGGAAACUUCCUGUAACAGAGCGCAAGGAGUCGGCACCUGUGCCUCGGGUCACACGACGCGAUAAAACCGAAAAGGUGACCCGCUCCACGAGCGAGAAUAUCAUCAAGGUGAGCGGCACAAAGCCCCACCAUCCCGAGAUGAGUAGCCUGAAGCCAGGUGGAGAGCGGACUCGACCCAGCAAGUGCUGCACCACCAAGACAAUUAAUCUUAGCGAGCAACGCAUUCACACCAGCACCGAUAUCGAGGGUGUAAUCAUUGAUAUUCAGCAGGCGAAGAGUUCGCGGGAACCGUCACCCGAUCGCAUUGUACCCACACCUGUGCCCGCGGAAUUGGAGACGGGCAAGCCACGUUACCCGGACGUUGUCCAGGAGCCAGAUGAUGAGCCUCGUCGCAAGCCACAGGUCACAAAUAUUCCAAUUUUCGAGGAGGAGUCUCAGGCCUAUGUUGGUUAUCAAAUCUCCGAAUUGCGUAAUUCCAAUGGCGUAGAGGUGGACAUUCUGGACAACCCCACUGUGGAGGCGCCCAAGAGUUUGGAUUACCCGGUAAAUACACCCGAUACGGAUGAAAGCUUACUGAGUGUCCACGAGAAGGUCUCACGAUUCACCCACUCUGCCGAGAAGGUGAAGCAGCCACGGGCUUCAGCUCCAUUUAGCCGGGAAUUCGAUACGCACUCCAAGAUCCCGGAGAACGACGAUUGUCUGCUGAGCAUCAACCAAAAGGUGGACAAGUUUUUGCGAACUGCCGAGAAUGUAACCAGGCCAGCUUCUCUCUCCCCCCGACCGGAAAUCGAACGACCAAAUCUGGACGAAAUCGAUGAGGAGCUCCUUAGGGACGAUUGCACCCUGAGUGUGUCCCAGAAGGUGAGCAAAUUUAUCGAUACUGCCGAGAAAUUGGCACCGACCGUGCCACAGAAGUCACCGCGUCUGGUUGCCAACAUUGAACGCCACAUUUCACGGCAAAGCGAGCCAGAACGGGAUCUGGAUGAGGAAUCGGAACCGGAGCUGGAGCGGGAGACAGAUCAGGAGGAUGGGCAGACCAGCCAGUUGGAGGAAGAGGAGGAAAUCUGCCGAACGGUAACCAGAAAGGAAACCAUUAAGGAAGUCAGGCAGCAGGAGACUAGAGAGACGACCCGUAGGGAUUCCAAGGGAGAACCUGAAAGAUCUCCCAAGAAGGUGCCACAAAAAGAGCCCCAAGUGAAGCCAAAGGAGGAGACAACCAAGGAGCCUAAGCAGCCGGCUAAGGUGCCCCAAAAAGUGUCACAGUGGGAACCCAAACAGCAACCUCAAAGGCAGCCAGAAAAGAUUAGCCAAAGGGAGCCGAAACAAACAUCCCCAACUAAGUUUAAAGGUGAGCCGGAAAGGAUGCCCAAAAGAGAGCCCAAGCUUACCCAAAGGGAACCCGAAAGGCUGACCAAAAAGACACCGGAGAAGGAGCCGCGCAAGGAUUCCCUGAAGCAACCCGAGGAAGAGUUUGAGCUUUCACCCGAAGAAGAAGAAGAAUUCGGUGAGGAGCCUUUGCCCAUGACCAAGACGCACACCACAGCCAUCGAAUUAAAGCGUCAAAAGGACAUCCUCAGUCGUCCCUCAGUCUUCAAUCAACGCACACCAGAACGCAGACCAAUCAGCUCACCGUCAUCACCAACCAAAAUGAAUGGAAACCGAGGCCGACCAAGUCCAAGCACCAGUUUGAUUACCGAAGAGAAGAGAUCGUACAGAAAUCAGGUGACAAAUGCUAAUAAGCCGGGACCUAGGAAGACCUCUACUCCUUCGGUCACUCCCUCUGCCUCUGCCCCAUCCCCGACAACGGCAAAGACCACCACCAGUUCCAGUUCCAAGCGCAUGGAGCACAUUACCCAACAACAAUGGGUAGUCCAAGAUGUGGAUGUCGAUGUAGAAGUAGUGGGACCAGCACCUCCCUCCCAUACAACCGAAAAGCCGCAAAGGAGCAACAAAUCUCCAACACCGUCGUCACGUUCGCCAUCACAAUCUCCCUCCCGUUCGCCCAGUAGACGCACCUCCAGCAACUUGACCACUGAGCACCGUCACCCGCACCCGAGCACUACCACUACCAAGACAACAACUGGCCCCAAACCGACCUCGACUCCGACUAACCCAACCAAAGCCGAACCCGAAAUCACACCCAUUGAAUCUGUUACAGAGAAAAGCACUACCAUCAUUACCACCACGACGAGCACCACAGGACGAAAUGUGGCCAAUCGCAGGAAUGUGUUUGAACCAGCACAGGAUUCUCCUCCAGCGGAGGCUGACCAACCCACCGGACGUCGUCCCUCGUAUAUGGAUCACACGAAGAGCUCACUGGAGCACAUCCGACGUGAUUCGCUGGAGAUCAACAAGAGCCACUAUUCGAGAAAGUCGUCCGUGGAGGAUGAUUCCCCAGUUGAGCCACGUAAUCCCAACACAGCUGUGAAGUUUGAUGUGCCCCGCAAGACACCGAUGCGAGGCAGCGAAGAGCCCAGGAAGACGUCUCUCAAGGGUAAAGAUGAUGACUCCGAUUUAGAGGUAGAAAUCGAAGAGAUCUUCGAUCUGCAGAGACUGGAGCAACUACUGGAGACCGUGUCCAGCUAUGAGAUGCGUCGCCGGAUACGUGCCCAGAUGCGUCUGAUCCGCAAGAAUAUGAUCAAUGCGGGCACUACAAUCAGUAGCCACACCAUUACCACCACAACGUCCACAAGUUCGGGCAAGAGUUCGCCACUGCCCAAGAGGCGGGAGCCGAGUCCUUUGGCCAGUCCGGAAUCCAAGACGACCAGCGGUAAUCUGAAGGAAGUGCGCACAAGUACUGCAAGUCGCCGACAGCAGAGGGUGGAGCAGGUGGACAGCACCACGUCAUCACCGGGAAAGACCUCACCAUAUGGUAAGCCGCCAGUGAAGCCCAGGGAGAGAAGCGCAAGUCCAGCUCAAAAGCGUCGUAUAAGUCCGCCGGGAAAACCGGCACCGGCAAGUGGUAGUACUACCACCAAGGUCACCACAAUUACCACAACCACUGCCUCCCGUGGAACGCCUGCAAAGUCACCACAAGGACCCAUUUGGGCUGAUCGCUCCAAGGUGCUCAAGGGUCAUGCUCCGGUGCCCCAGACAAAUGGCAAUAGUACACCAAGAAAGGGAUCCACUUCAAGCACAACCUCAAGCAGUGGCAAGGUCACACGCACAAUGACCAGCUCCAGCACCAUCACUAGCUCCAGUAGUAGUAGCAGCACAAAUAAGCGGAAUAAGCCCCGGGAGGAAGAUUCCAUUACCUCCAGCUAUGGCGUGGGACCCACCGAUGAGAACGGACUGCCGCUCUUUGGGAUUCGGGCGCUCAAAAAGAAGACGACGCCACCUGUAAUGACGGUACAGGAGCCCUGUGAGACCAAGCAAGAAGUCACAGGCUAUGUGAUCGAGGAGGAAUUCUACUCGGAUAACAAAUCCCCACCGCGUCACGAACGCAAGGAGCUGAUCUACUCGAGCAAUUCGGAUGAGCUGGCUGCCAUUAAGCAACAGCUCCAGCAGGAGGAUGAAAAGGACUACACACCGCCGGAACUGGACUCCAGGGUGGUGCGAGAAUUCAAGAAGGUGGAGGCCCAAUCGCAAUCCCUGCCCGAGGAUGCUAGAUAUGUGCGUCGCGGAUCGGUUAAGGAGCUCAGCGAGAAGUUCAUACGCAAGGAGUCCUCCUCCUCCACGCACUCGACCACGGUCCAAUCGUUGGCAAGGAACGAGGACGAAACUGAGGAGGAUAGCGAGUCCAAUGAGGUGUGCAGUGUGAUCGAGGCGCCACAGAUGCGUCAGAAUCAGAGUCAUGUCAGCAGCACAAGCACACGGUCCAGCAAUACACGAUCCUUCCUGAACAGUACAGCGGAUCAGCGUCAGGUGACCAGUGUGGAUGAUGUCCUUGAAAGGAUGCGCAAUGCGGAUAAUGUUGAGGAGCCCGGUGACAGCAGCGAGGAUCGCGAGGCUCGUGCCUUGCUCAACAAAUUCCUGGGGGCCAGUGUGAUCAUGCAGGGAGUGGAGAGCAUGCUGCCACCCACGGCCACAGGUCAACGUUUAAACAGUCAAGGGGUGAAGACCACGCGGAUAACCCAUAACUAUAGCAAGUCCGGCAAUAAUAGCUCAAGUACCUCAAGUACCAAGGUCAGCAGCUCCUCGGCACCAGUUACACGCACAACUUGUGACAUUGAGGAGAUUUGGGACGAACAGGUCCUAAAGCAAUUGCUGGAACAGGCGUCCACCUACGAGGAGCGUCGCAAGAUCCGUGCACGUCUACGCGAACUUAUGGCGGAACGCGAAGAUAAAAAGAACUCGAAGCAGCAGGAGGAGAAGGAGGAGGAGGAGAGCAGCGCCAGCGAGUAUGAGGAGAUCAUCGAGGAGGUGACCGAUUACAGCGACGAGGAGGAGGAAGAGCAAGAGCAACCAACCAAAAAGGAGGAGCCCAAAAAGGAGGUGGCCAAGAAAGUGGUGAGCCCAAAGGAGGUGACCACCAAAAAAGAGGUUACCCAAAAGGCGGAGAAAAAGGAAACUGCCACCGCCACCUCCAGCAAGUCCACCAAAGUCGUCGAGAGUGUUGGCAAAAAAUUGGCCAAAGUUGAGCUGGCCAGUAGCUCCGCCUCCACCACCACCUCAAGCACCACCACAGACGGUGUUGUCCAGGUCCAGGGUGAGUCCCUGCCUGCAGCAUCCAACAAGUCAGGACCAGCAACAGCAGCAACGAGCAGCAGUAGCUUAGGUAGUAGGAAACACAGUAGUCUUAGCAGUAGCCAGGUUAGCACAGUGGUUAGGGCCAGGGACAAAGCCAACACAGAGACAAUGCCAGUCACGGGUUCAUCAUCACCAUCACCAUCAUCACCCUCCGCUCCGGGAACAGCGACAACGGGAGCAGCCCGGUUGAGUGUGCCCUCGAAAGAGGAUUCCGGCACGGAAAGCGGUGAGGAUUUACGCCUUCUAGCCGCUGGAUUGCGUGACACCCUGCAACAGCGGAGCAGCGGUAGUGAUGCCAGUGAAGCCAAUCGCAGCCUGGUCGAGGAAGUGACCGAUGCCCUGAGCCGCCUGGAGAGCAGCCUGAAGCAGGGCAAAGAGCUGGCCGUUGAUGGGGGCCAGCGUCAGGCAUUGCUCGGCCUGGUGGCUCGCCUUCAGAGUGGACUCAGUGCGCCCGAGAAGUUGGCCGAUGAGAAGACCACAUCGCAGACCGAGGAAAUCGAUCCAACGGCGGGUAGUCCAGAGCCGGGAGAAUCAUCCGAUUGCCGGCAAUCACGUUUUGCCAAGCGACGUCAACGCAAUAGUCGCCACACCGUGGGCGUGAGCAGAGAGGAACUGGCCGAUGCCAGGCGUUAUAUGGAGGAUAUGCUGAUGUUGGAGAGCAAGGAGUUUGCCCUGGCCAAGACCCCCAGUUCGGGAGCGGUGGUGCCAGUGCAACUCUAUAGGCCCAAUCAAUUUGUGGCAGCCCAACAGCAGCAGCAACAGCAACAGCAGCAGCAACAGCAACAGCAGCAGCAGCAGCAGCCAGAAACCCCCAAAGUUAUUCCAGCUGUAAAUCCCCAACAGAGUCCAUCACAGCUCAGGCCAAAUCCCACCAAUAGGCGACCCCUGUCCGGGGACUAUGCCGUGAGCUUUGCCAACUAUGAGGCAGCACAAAGUUCGCAAAACUCGAGUCCCGAAGGAGCUGGAACAUCACCCAACUCGAACUCGCAAUCCAACUCGAAUUCUAGCUCCAAUUCCAGUCGUUUUGGCGGCGGCAAGAGGCACAUGAUGAAGCGAGCCAAUACGAUUGAUAUACCCAAGGCUAAAGCCAAAUAUAUGGCGGAUUGUGACUCGGACUCGGAUCUCGAGGAUGAUCAGGGACCCCAUUUGGGCCUAAAGCGAGCCGUCCAGGUAAGCGUCAAGCGACGCGUUCACAACGCUGUUCCACCCUUUGAGCCCAAAACGGAGAACGAUCACAAGUUUCUGGCCUUUAUCAACAAGCAGAGUCAUCAGACUGGCCUAGGUUGGGGCGGCAGUGGCGGCCGUAGUGUAUCCAAUUGGACACACAAGUUUGGUAACAUUAAGCACACCUUUGAGACUGGGGCGGCGGCAACGGUGACCAAGGGUAAGCCACCGCCAGUGCCGGGUCAUGUGCCCGGUUGGGCCAAGCAGGAGCAGAUGCAUCAUCAGCAAUUGCAGCGAGAGCAGAUGCAGCGUGAGCAAAUGCAACGUGAGCAGUAUCAACGAGAGCAGAGGCAGCGGGAGCAGCGAGAGCAGAACCAAAGAGAGCUCUCCAAGCGUGAGCAAUUCCAGCGAGAGCAACUGCAGCGAGAGCAACUCCAGCGCGAGCAGUUGCACCGAGAAAAGUUGCAGCGAGAACAACUGCAGCGAGAGCAACUCCAGCGUGAACAACUCCAACGCGAGCAGCUGCAACGUGAGCAACUCCAGCGAGAUCAGCUUCAACGUGAACAACUCCAGCGAGAUCAGUUGCAACUGCAGCAGCAGCAACAGGCCGCUGCAGCGGUACAAAUCGAACGGCAACGUCGCCAGGAACUGGAACGUCAGCUACGAAUCGAACAGGAGGCACGCUACGAGCGCGAGGAACGCACUCGCCUGGAGCGUGAAUACUACGAGCAGCAGUUGCAACGUCAGCAGCAGGAGCAGCAGCAACAACUGGACCGUCAGCGGCAACAACAGGAGCAACUCGAACGCCAGCGUCGGCAGGAGAUGGAGCUGCGAUUGCAACAACAACGUGAACAGGCCUCGCAAGUCAAUAACUUUAUACACGCUCCACAGUCCGUCUUCCGACCGAUUGAGCAUGAGACGCCGGGACAGCCGGGCAUAUACAAACCCAUUGCCCAGAAAUCUCAACCGAAUCCGGCUAUAUGGAAACCACCAACGCAACUGCAGCAGCAGCAACAACAGUUGCAAGCACCACAAUCGCAGCAACAUUUGCAGGCCAGAUCUGCUGGAACUUCCUAUAGCAAUACACCAUCGCCCUCAUCCACGGCGGCCACUUCACCCAUUGGCCUGCCCUGGGUGGCCAAGCCCAAGGUGGACAAUAGCGAUUUUCGCCGUAAGGCACAUCACUUUGAAGAGCGUUCCCUGAGGGAUAACCUAGAGCAACAGCAGCAGCAGCAACAACAGGGACCCUCAUAUCCCAAUGGCAACAAUCAUGGCUAUUUGCAGCGACACAAUUCCCUGCGUUCCAAGGCUGCACCACCUUCAUUGAGUGAGUUCAAGAAGCGACCAUCUCUGCCGAAUGCCAUGGAUCCCGGGGUGGCACCAUCCCAUCCACCACAUCAUCAGGCAUAUCAGGCACCACCGCCACCCACGAAUAUCUCCUUUACGUAUGCCGAUUUUCCACCAGUGAGACGACAUGGGGGAGCCAGUGCCCAUAAUUAUCGCAGUCAACCGUGUCUAUCGAGUGCCGUGGAACAGGCCGAGGCACUGACCAAUCCCCUGGCAGCUCCACUGGUCUUAACCAGUUCCAAUCCAACCUAUCUGCCGCCACCGAGAAGAUUUGAUUAUAUUAGCAGUCCCGUGGAUGUAGAUGCCGAGAGUCCGCCAAAUAGUCCCACCAGCUUUAUGACCAUGCCCAAUCCCGCUCUGAUGACGGACAAUACGGACGAUGAUCUCGAUUUGGAUUCGGAUAACAAUAUGCUGGAAUAUCGUGCCGAAACCAAGGUGAUGAGGAAACCACGUAGCCAGACAGCUGUCCGAGUGGCGGAUCGUAGGAAUGCCCAUAUGAGUGAUGAUGAGGUUUAUGGCCGAAACUCGAGGGCAGCCAAGUCGUUGCUGUACACCAUGAAGCAGUUGGGACCGGGAGCUCCAGCUCCAGUAAGCGGAGGGGGAAAUGGUUCCAAUCAUCAUCAUCAUCAUCAUCACAAGAGGCAACCUUUGACGGCUCCAAGUUCACCAAAAUCUGGUUGCUUGUCACCCGAUGGACGUCAGUAUCAGGCACCACUUGUAGAACCACUUUUUCCCCAAUUGAGCACCUUUGAGGCCAAGCGACAGCCACAAUUUUCAUCAAAUACGCCACCAACAGGACCACCAAUGAAUUAUCAGGCUAAUCCUACCUAUACACCGCCCAGAACUCAAACUCAGAGUCAGGUUCAGGAUAAUUCUAGCUCUUAUUUGGGUGAGACGCAUACCUCGUAUGUGGUGACCUAUCCUGUAGAGGAUUCAGGUGAUGAACCCGAACCUGAGUCGCUAGCCAUGUCUUUGAGUCAAAAGCAGCGUUUGCGUCGCACUUCAGAGCACUCGAAUGCCAGCUCUUCGAUAUCCCUGGGCAGCACCAGCUGGACAGCAAAUCCUGUGCAUAAUACGGUUCCAGGAACGGGUACUGGUUUCGCUCCAGGAUCACCAUCUAUUCCGGCCACUGGAUCAUCAAUGCCGGGAUCCAUGCCCAUCUCGGUGCCUCCAUUGUCCACAGGACCACCAGUGGAUCGUAGCACAAAGCCACAGUUAAGUCAACCAGCGGGCAAGAAGAUGGGAAAUCAAGUGCCUCAACAGGUGACUCAUCCAGCCCAACAGGUGCCUCAACAGGUGCCUCAUCAGGUGCCUCAACAGUUGCCUCAACAGCAACAGCAAUUGCCUCAUGGAAUGUCUCACCAGAAACCACAUGAAAUACCUCACUUACCACAGCAAGUGCCUCAAGGAAUGUCUCACCAAAGACCUCACCAAUCAGCACAGCAAAUGCCCCAACAGAAUCCGAAUACCAAACCCAAUCAGACACCCUUAAGCACCACCAACAACAAUAGACCCAAGCUAAGCACUCGGAGCCAUACCAUCCAAGGUGAUACCAGCUAUGAGAAUCGUCCCCUCCAGAAUCGUAUAAUGUCACAGCAAACUCUAAUUACCACCCAAAAGUUGCAACAAAAGGAGCAACAUCAGCAGCAGCAACAUCAGCAAAUCAGUGAGUUGCGUCGCAAGAGUUUGGGCAAUGUCCUGGAGAGUAGCCAGCGUAGUGCCACUUACUUUGAGCAAGAGUACAAGUCCUCGGCGCCUUCAGAUACACCUGACAUAGUGAAAUCCUCGCUGCCCAAGGAAGAUGCACCGCUUCUUAAGAAAUUUGGACCACCGCAGCGUCAUCAUUAUGUGCCCAAUGCGUAUCAGAGUCCGCAGUUAAAUAAGCCAAGUGGCAGCACCACCAGCACCACCAGCACCAGUAGCACCACCAUAACCACCAGCAGCAACACCACCAUGGUGCAACAGCAACAGAUCAAGCCCAGUAUAGUGGAAACUCCAGCAACGCCACAACCACAAGUGCCACCCGAGGAUGAGAUACCCCAUAAUAUUGUUUUCAACAAUGUAAGCGCCUUUACCUCCCUGAGUAGAAGGAAUCUCAACGAGGAGGAUCACCAUCAACAGCAGCAGGGAUCCCGAGUUAAUCGAUUAAGUAAAUGUGAUUCAUGGAAUCAAAUCUGUCAACUGCAAAGCAAUCCCAGUCCCAGUGUCAAAUACAAUCAACCCAAUGCCAGUGCUAGCUCAUCCCCCGGUGAGUUAAGACGUACCAAAUCUGGACAUUCAUUGGCCGUACCCAAGCUAUAUGAGGCGGGUAUUGAUAAAUCCCAAGUUAGCGAAAAGCAACGCACUGUGGCCGCAUAUUUCUCGGGACAAAAGUCACCCAAUCAAAUGGAGGAGCUGCGUUCCACCACCACCACCGCAAUAACGAGUAGAAAAUCAGCGAUUAAUCGUACCAAAACCAGCGAGAAACUAUCGGCAGCAGCACGGAAAUCGUUGAGUUCCCUAACAACCACCUCCAAUGGCAACAUGUCCACAGUGGGAUUGAUCAAUCAGCAGCAGCAUCAGCAUCAAUCCUCGAUGAUCAUGGGUGGUGGCCUGAGUCGGAGUGCCACAAUGCCGCAUAUUGCCAAUCUGAAUCUGCUGGACGAGAGCAAUGUGGAGGAUGCCUUCGAGCAGCUAAUGAUGGGUGCAUAAAUAAUCUCCUGCCUAAAUCCAAGUCCAGCCAAUCAAUCAAGUCAUGUCCAAGUCAAGUCAAAUCAAAAAACCCGUCAAGAAUUUUAAUCAAAAGAGGCAUUCCAGUUCCAAAUAUCAAAACUGGAUGUAAAAAACCAAGAGAAAAUCAUGAAAACUAAAGAUAAAACAAUCGAAAAACGAUAUCGAAAAGGGUUUGAUAAACGAUAAAUUUAACUGCAAAAUGGCAAAAAACUGUACUGAUUAAUGUUUACUGAUGUUAAAGAGAAAAGGGAAAAGAAAAAAGAUAAAUACUGUUGAGCUUAGAAUUAACUUUGUUUUUUUUUUUGAUAUAUUUUUUUUUUUGUUUAGAAAAGAGCCUUUUUUGAAAAAGCAGUUAGAAAAAGCAGUUAGAAAAAGCAGUUUGAAAAAGCAGAAAAGAUCUAAUUAAAAGCAGAAAUAAAGCACAAAACUAUACAUAAAAUAAAGGAGGGACCUGGCGGUUUCUAUUUGUCUUUUUUUUUCUUUAACUAAAUAAAAGAAAAUAUUAAUGUUUGCUGCUCGGCGUCCCAACUGAAAUAUAAAAUAAUAACAACAAACAACAACAAGCAACAAACAAACAAC